GCCCGGCCUGCUCCCGGGGCAGCCCGGCCUGGCCUGUCUUCCAACGCCUCUCUGGGCAGCCCGGCCCGGCCCGGCCUCCGACUGCUCCCGGGGCAGCCCGGCCCGGCCUCUGCCCGCGCGUUCUGUGGAGAAACUCCGCCUAGCGUCCAUCCUAAAUCUCCCUUGGCGCAGCUAGAGAAUAGGUUCUCUCUGCUGUCUCUAGCUGCCUCGGAGAAAAGGCCGGUCCCCACCUGGCCACACGCUCCUCUCAGGGAGUUGCAGAGAUUGAUAAUGUCACCCCUGAGCCUCCUUUUCUCCGGCUGAGCAGCCACAGCUCCCUCGGCCGCUCCUUGGAAGACUUGUUCUCCAGCCUCUUUGCCACCUUCAUUGCCCUUCUCUGGACUCAGAGGGACACUAACUAGGGCCUUCAACAACCAUGAGCAACCCUUUUGUACAGAUUGUGGAGCCACUGGACCCAAAACAGCCUCUGAAGAAAUUCUUUAAUCUGAGCAAAUUGGAAGAUGUGAGAUAUGCUCGCCUGCCAUUUUCCAUUCGAAUCCUCCUGGAAGCAGCGAUCCGUAACUGUGAUGAGUUCCUAGUGAAGAAAGGAGAUGUUGAGAAUAUUCUCAACUGGAAAGUGAUGCAACACAAGAAUGUUGAAGUACCGUUUAAGCCUGCAAGAGUUAUUCUGCAAGACUUCACUGGGGUGCCUGCUGUGGUUGACUUUGCUGCAAUGCGUGAUGCUGUGAAGAAACUUGGUGGGGACCCUGAAAAAAUAAAUCCUAUCUGUCCUGCUGAUCUCGUGAUAGAUCACUCCAUCCAGGUGGAUUUUAACAGACAGCCGGACAGCUUGCAAAAAAAUCAGGAUCUGGAAUUUGAAAGGAACAAAGAAAGAUUUGAAUUCUUAAAGUGGGGCUCUCAAGCUUUUAAAAACUUGAGGAUUAUUCCGCCGGGCUCUGGGAUCAUCCACCAAGUGAACCUGGAGUACUUGGCAAGAGUGGUGAUGGAUCAGGAUGGCUACUACUAUCCAGACAGUGUGGUUGGCACUGACUCACACACCACCAUGAUAGAUGGCUUGGGGGUGCUUGGCUGGGGUGUGGGUGGCAUUGAAGCAGAAGCAGUGAUGUUGGGACAGCCGAUCAGCAUGGUGCUUCCUGAGGUGGUUGGCUAUAAGCUGGUAGGAAACCCUCAGCCACUGGUGACAUCCACUGACAUUGUGCUCACCAUUACCAAGCAUCUUCGCCAAGUUGGAGUAGUGGGUAAAUUUGUGGAGUUUUUUGGUCCUGGUGUUGCCCAGCUGUCGAUUGCUGACCGAGCCACCAUUGCCAAUAUGUGUCCAGAGUAUGGAGCAACAGCUGCCUAUUUUCCAGUGGAUGAUAUUAGCAUUGGGUACCUGGUACAAACUGGCCGUGACAAAGAAAAGGUUAUGUGCACAAAAAAGUAUCUUGAGGCUGUGGGAAUGCUAAGAGAUUUCACGAACUCUUCUCAGGAUCCGGACUUCACACAGGUUGUUGAGUUGGAUCUCCAUACUGUUGUGCCUUGCUGCAGUGGACCAAAAAGACCUCAGGACAAAGUUGCUGUGUCAGAUAUGAAAAAGGACUUUGAGACUUGUCUGGGAGCCAAGCAAGGAUUCAAGGGAUUCCAGAUUGCACCAGACCGACACAACAGCAUAAUGAAAUUUAAUUUUGAGGGCCAUGACUUCGAGCUUGCUCACGGUUCAGUAGUGAUUGCUGCCAUUACAAGCUGUACAAACACCAGUAAUCCCUCAGUUAUGUUGGGUGCAGGAUUGCUUGCUAAGAAAGCUGUUGAAGCUGGUUUGACAGUGAAGCCAUACAUUAAAACUAGCCUGUCCCCAGGAAGUGGGGUUGUCACUUACUAUCUGAGGGAGAGUGGAGUUAUGCAUUACCUUUCUCAACUAGGGUUUGAUGUGGUGGGUUAUGGCUGUAUGACAUGUAUUGGCAAUAGUGGACCCCUACCAGAGUCUGUUGUUGAGGCCAUUACACAGGGAGACCUUGUGGCAGUGGGUGUGUUGUCUGGCAAUAGGAAUUUUGAAGGGCGUGUCCAUCCCAACACCCGUGCUAACUACCUGGCCUCCCCGCCGCUGGUGAUAGCCUAUGCUAUAGCAGGGACCAUCCGGAUCGACUUUGAGAAAGAGCCUUUAGGAAUAAAUGCUUCAGGGAAGAAGAUUUUCCUGAAAGAUAUCUGGCCAACAAGAAAUGAGAUUCAGGCUGUUGAGCGUCAAUUUGUUAUUCCUGGGAUGUUCAAGGAGGUCUACGAAAAAAUAGAGACAGUAAACAAAGCUUGGAAUGCCUUAGAUGCUCCUUCAGAUAAACUGUAUACUUGGAAUCCCAAGUCUACUUAUAUAAAGUCUCCUCCUUUCUUUGAUGGUCUGACUUUGGGUCUUCAGACCCCAAAAACAAUAGAAGGUGCUUAUGUCCUGUUGAGUUUUGGGGAUUCUGUGACAACUGACCACAUAUCUCCAGCUGGGAACAUAGCAAGAAAUAGUCCUGCAGCCCGUUAUUUGACCAGCAGAGGCUUGACUCCUCGAGAGUUCAAUUCUUACGGCUCCCGCAGAGGGAAUGAUGCUGUCAUGGCCAGAGGGACAUUUGCAAACAUUCGCUUGGUCAACAAGUUUAUUGAUAAACAAGGACCUCAGACAAUCCACUUCCCUUCUGGGGAAACUCUGGACGUUUUUGAUGCUGCAGAAAGAUACAAGCAGGCUGGUCAUCCUCUGAUUGUGCUGGCUGGGAAGGAAUAUGGUGCAGGAAGUUCCAGAGACUGGGCUGCUAAGGGACCGUUCCUCUUGGGUGUCAAGGCUGUGCUUGCUGAAAGCUAUGAGAGAAUUCAUAGAAGCAACCUAGUAGGAAUGGGAGUGAUUCCUCUGCAGUAUUUACCUGGAGAGGAUGCAGGAACUUUAGGACUCACUGGACGGGAGCGUUAUACUAUUAUCAUUCCUGAAAACCUAAAACCACAGAUGAAUGUCCAGAUUAAGCUGGACACUGGGAAAACCUUUAAUGCCAUCAUGAGAUUUGACACGGAUGUGGAGCUCACUUACUUCCACAAUGGCGGCAUUCUGAACUACAUGAUCCGGAAAAUGGCAUCCUAAUAAAAAACAAUAAAGCAGAAAGGUCCAGGUACAAACCUGUUUCUCCUGAGCGCAAUUAAACUAUAGUAAUCAUGCUAAAGUGUGAACCAUAAAAUGAACAAUUUUUUUUCUGUGGAUUGUAUUAGAAGGCUUGUUUACAGUGCUGAAUUUUUCUGUGUAUCAGGAAGCUGGACACACCCAUAUAAAGUAAACAGCAUUUUUAACUGUUUUGUAUGACAGUUGGCUUGACUUACCUUAGAAUAUAAUGCAAAAGUCAUUAGAGUACUGCUGGCAUCUGUAGAACCAUUGAAGAUCACAUGCUGAUUUCAUGUAUUUGAUCCAGUUUGUUUGACUCUGAAGUUAAGUUCUAUGCUCAUAUCAGUGAUCCUAGAAAUUAACUGACAGUAUAAAAAAUUUUUAUUCCUUCCUAUUCCUGACACUGACUUGCUUUCUUAUUCAGUUAAACAGAAUCUGAAUCUAAUAUUAAAAUUAUUUAGCUGUUUAUUCAUUUAAAAAAAUGUGAACUCUCUUUAAAAUCUAAGCCUUUGUGGAAAGGUGAACUUAUUGGGGAUAUUUCUAAUAGCUAAAAUUAAAUUUA